CAAGUAUUUGUUCCCAUAAACCCUAAACCCCUUCUUGCACAGAAAGGAACAGAGCAAUUAGGAGAGAGAAAAAAUGAACCACAUUGCUAAUGCCGAAGAACAAAUUGUUACCGAAAGAUUGAGAAGAAAACUCAAUGAAGUUAAUUCAUCUGCACAAUCCCAACUUUCUGGGGUUCAAGAUCACAUCAAUUUCACUCUCCAGCAAGCGUACUUCAAGUGUGCGUAUAAUUGCUUUGAUAGGCGUCGAUCCCAUGAGGAGAUAAGCAAUUGUGUUGAGCAUUGUAGUGUUCCUGUUAUGCAAGCUCAGAAUCUUGUUGAAGGUGAAAUGGCUAAGUUUCAGGAAAAGUUGCAAAGAGCGUUAAUGGUGUGCCAAGACAGAUAUGAAUCUGCAAAACUGCAACCUGGGCAAUCGAAUUCCAUGAAUGACCUUGAGUCCUGUGUUAGCCAGACAAUUGACGAUAGUGUCAAGACUCUUCCAUCCCUGGUGGAAAGAUUGAAGACUAGCCUUGGCAUGUAUAACAGCACUUGAGGUUGCUAUGAAGAGUUGGUUUAACAAGUUGCUUUGAAAUAAACCGAGAAUACCUUUCAAAGUGUCGAAUAUAUAGUUCUGCAUUUCUAGCUUAGCUGAGGAGGAUGAUAUACAUUUUCAUCAUUAAGUUGGCCAUGUUGCACAUUGGCACCUUUAGCAAUGGAUGUGUAUUGUUUGAUUUUGUUAUACAAGUACUUACAAGAUGAAGGAGCAUUAGAUGUUAACACUUUAUUUCAGCCAAAUUCAGAAAAAACAUCCAAUUUUGUCAAA